AUGGACCCGUUAGUUGAAAGCCUAUUAAAAUCUUCGUUGGAAGAAGAGUCAGACAGAUCACCGAAUGCAUCCGAUUUUUCAGAUGCCGAGGAAAACUCCGCUGAAUCAGUUUCACAGGAUAAGGUGCCAGAGAUUCCAUUACAUGGCGGGCGACAAACAGGUCCAAAGGGAGUCUUGGCAGAUCAUGCAUAUCACAAACAACAGGUUCAAAAACAAAAAGUAGCCUCACUGGCUGCCCACAAUGAACGUUUGCUAUCGAAAGCCUUAAUGACAACAACAUUUCGUGAAGAUGAAUUAACGAGAUCCCAAGAAGAGGAAUUGUUUAAAGAGUUAGAAAAUAUGAGUUCCGACGAAGAGGAAAAGCAAGUGCUAAAAAAAUAUCGUGAGCAAAGAAUGAAGGAGAUCAAAGAAAAAGCGAUAAAGAGGUUAGGUGGGACCAGCGGUAAGAAAAGAUUCGGAUCUCUAAGAGAGAUAUCUUCAAGUCAGUACGUUAAAGCCAUAGACGACGAAGCACCGAAUGUUCCAGUGAUUGUGCAUUUAUACGAAAACGUGAGAUUACUAAACGAUUGUUUGGCUCAGUUGGCAAGAAAAUUUGGUUACGCUAAAUUUCUUCGGAUUUUAGCGCACGAUUUAGAAUUUGAUUCAGUGGGUUUGCCAGCGGUAUUGGUUUAUAAGAAUGGCGAGUUAAUCGUAAAUCUGGUUAGAAUAACCGAAGAAAUUGGGGAGAACGAUUUCAAUAUUGAGAUUGUCGAAGAUGUUUUAAUUAGAUCUGGAGCGCUGGAUCCAAAUGAAGAUGUUGAUAAAUGA